AUGUCUUUUAGUGUACGUUUACCUUUAGCCAAGGCUGUUUUUGAUCAAUUUAUUGGCCUUAAGCCACAUCCAUCUUUCUGUCAGGCAACAUACAUAUGGAUUGAUGGAACAGGUGAAACUAUGCGCUCAAAAACUCGUACCAUUACUAAUGUACCAAAAAGUAUUAAUGAUUUUCCACUGUGGAAUUUUGAUGGUUCAUCAACUGGACAGGCUCGUUCAGGUGAAAAUUCUGAUACAUAUCUGAAACCGGUUGCACAUUAUCCUGAUCCAUUUCUUGGUGGUAAUAAUAAACUUGUCUUAUGUGAAACAUAUGAUCAUGCUAUGAAACCAACCGCUACUAAUCAUCGUAAUUUUUGCAAUGAAAUUAUGGAGAAAUGUAAAAGUGAGAAAAUAUGGUUUGGUAUGGAACAGGAAUACUUACUUUUGGAUAGAGAUGGUCAUCCGUUAGGAUGGCCAAAACAUGGUUUUCCGGAACCGCAAGGUAAGUAUUAUUGCGGUGUUGGAGCAGAUAAAGUAUAUGGACGAGAAUUGGUUGAUGCGCACUAUCGGGCUUGUUUACAUACUGGCUUACAACUUUUUGGCAUAAAUGCAGAAGUAACACCUGGCCAAUGGGAAUUUCAAUUAGGUACCUGUGAAGGUAUUUCUAUGGGUGAUCAACUAUGGCUAGCACGUUAUUUACUUUAUCGAAUUGCUGAAAUAUAUGGCGUUUUGGUUACAUUUGAUCCGAAACCAGCAAUAACACAUGGUGAUUGGAAUGGCGCUGGUUGUCAUUGUAAUUUUUCAACUGAAAAAAUGCGCUCAGAUGGUGGCAUUAAAUAUGUUGAAGAAGCAAUUAAAAAACUUGAAAAGAAGCAUAAAGAGCAUAUAGCAGUAUAUGAUCCACAUGGUGGCAUGGAUAAUGUACGUCGUUUGACAGGUAAACAUGAAACAUCGAACAUUGAUCAGUUUUCAUGGGGUAUUGCUAAUCGAGCAGCUUCAGUUCGUAUACCGAGAGCUGUAGCAAAAGAUAAAAAGGGUUUCCUGGAAGAUAGACGUCCAUCAUCAAACUGUGAUCCAUACGCUGUCACCGGAAUGUUAACAAAAACAAUUCUACUUGAUUAA